CGCACGCACAGGAAGCCGCCCUUCAAUCAAUUUCGAUAGUCAAAGUGAAAAAAAAAGAAGAAAAGAAGAGGACAGAAAAGUAUUAAGUAGAGGGUUUAUUUAGCUUGCUUACUAAUCCCUAUAUAACCCUGGUUGUAACUUGUGAAACUCUUUCAGUCUCUUCGAAUUCUCAAUCUCUCUCAUCAGCUCGAUCUAUCCAACUGAGCUAUUCUCGCUUAUCGAGCUCGAUCGAUCGCUUGGUCGAGAUGGAGAACUUCCCGAUACUCUUUGCGACGCAGCCGACGUCGUCUUCUACCUCCAGCUCCUACCACUUCAUGAGCUCCUCUUCCGGCAGCCAUGACCACCGCCACCACCAUGGACUACAGGCAGGCGGCAACGGCGGUGGCGGUGGUGGAAGCUUGAGCCAUGGCUUGUUCAUGGGGUCGUCGUCGUCGUCAAUUAGGAUGGAGGAGCUCUCCAACUCCAAGCAGGCCGGCGACGUCGUCGUCGACGGUGGUGCAACGAGGAGCCCACACGGCGGCGACGGAGACGGAGCUGCGGGCGACGACGGCGGCGAUGCGCAGGCAGCCGCCGCCGGAGGGAGGAAGAAGGGGGAGAAGAAGGAGCGGCGGCCGCGGUUCGCGUUCCAGACGCGCAGCCAGGUCGACAUCCUCGACGACGGCUACCGGUGGAGGAAGUACGGCCAGAAGGCCGUCAAGAACAACAAAUUCCCAAGGAGCUACUACCGGUGCACGCACCAAGGGUGCAACGUGAAGAAGCAGGUGCAGCGGCUGUCGCGGGACGAGACGGUGGUGGUGACGACGUACGAGGGCACGCACACGCACCCCAUCGAGAAAUCCAACGACAACUUCGAGCACAUCCUCACCCAAAUGCACAUCUACUCCGGCCUCACGCCUUCAUCGGCUGCGCAUGCCUCAUCCUCCUCACCUCUCUUCCCUUCAGCUGCUGCUGCUGCUUCCCACAUGUUCCAGUAGCUUUAGCAAAUUUGAUCAUACACAACAAAUUAGUUACACGUACAUAUAUGAUCAAUGCCAAUGCCACACUGUACAUAUGCAGUGCAUGCAUGGAUCGAUGGAUGUUAGCAGGAAAAAUUAAGAGGCUAUGUUAAUUUGUACAUUAAACUUAGAUGAGGUGCAGUGUAAGAGAAAACUAGCUAGUGAAUUAAUAAGCAUAUGCAUGAUCGAUCGAGAUUCAGUGGCAAGCAAGAUUCGGUCACGCAUGCAGUUCUUUUUAAUUGUUUUACUUUUUUUUGUCAACUGUAGGCCAGAUGUACUAGUGAUUGCACAACUUUUACAAAGAAAUUUAUUCACAAGAUCUUGCA